AUGGCAAGUGACAAAAAAUCCUUACAUCCGGCUUUCGCCGUUUCUAACAUCAAAGUUUUGAUCCCUAUUACUCUAGAUAUCAAACAAGAUGAAUAUUCUUCAUGGGUUUUCCUUUUCCAACUUCAUCUACAAGCACACAACCUCCUUUUUCUUAUUGACGAUUCCGCUCCACCACCAGAUCUUGAUGCUGCCACCAUACUACAACUUGAUGCCCUCUGCCGUCAAUGGAUGUUCUCCACCAUGGCCAAAGAUUUGAUGCUUACUGUUCUCAAAACUGGUAAAACUGCGAAAGAGUUAUGGAAUCAUCUUAAAAAUCUUUUCCAAGACAACAAAGGAAGCCGUGCCGCUAACCUAGAAAGUAAGUUCGUGAAUCUAAGAUUUGUUGAUUGUAACAAUGUUGAUGAUUAUUGUGAUAAGCUACAGGCACUUUCGAAUCGACUAAGUGAUCUUGAUUUUCCAAUGGAUGAGAAACGUUUGGUUAUACAACUUGUCAAUGGACUUCCGGAGGAAUACAAUAUUGUUGCCUCCUUCAUCCAACAAUCGAUGCCAUCUUUUGACACUGCUCGCUCUCAAUUACGCACUGAGGAGAUUCGCCGUGAACAGCAAUCAAACUACAGCUCCCAUACUGCCCUUGCGGCUGCCAACAACCAGCGUUCACCUGCUACUUCUUCUUCCGUCACCAGCAGUUUUCACUCAGCGUCUGCCCACCAGCGUUCCGAGCCCAGUUCCCUGAUGGGCCACCAAGCUGCUCUUCUGCCAACUCCACCAGGCCCAAGACGUCACCCUAUUGCACCCAACUGGGCUCCCCAAUGGACGUCUCCCCCAAGCCCAUACCCUGCUGUACCUUACUGGAGUCAGCAGCAUCAUCUCUCUGGUCGUGGCCGAGGUCGUCAGUUCCGUGGGCGUGGCCGUGGUCGCGGACGCACCUUCUCAGCAGCCCUUUCACCACAAGCUUACGUCACUCCUACAAUGGAAUACCUUCAACCAUCGGAUAUUGCCGAAGCAUACAGCUCCAUGAGCAUUCGAGCGCCUGAUGAUGACUUCUACAUGGACACUGGCGCAACAUCGCACAUCACCUCGGAUCCAGGAGUUGAAUUCGAGGAAGACUAUUCUCCGAUGUGAUAGUUCUGGGGAGCUUUAUCCCAUCACCACUUCUUCCGUGCAUUCCUCCCUUUCGCCACUACCUCACCAAUUCUCUCUUGCCGUCUGCUCACCUGAAGUUUGGCAUAAUCGCCUCGGCCACCCUGGCGGGGCUAUCUUAGAUGCUUUACGCACAAAGUCUUUUAUUAAAUGUAAUAAGAAUCUUUCCCCCAAUCUUUGUCAUUCUUGUCAACUUAGCAAACAUGUUCGUCUUCCCUUUUAUGACUCUCAUUCUACUAGUGCUGCUCCUUUUGAUAUUAUUCAUAGUGAUUUAUGGACAUCUCCGUUGAAUUUAGACACGGGUUUUCGUUA